AUGAAGUACGCUUUGGUAUUUGCCGCUACCGCAGCUGCCUCUUACGAUGCCUAUGGCUCGUACCCUGUCAAAUGCACCAGCGCCGUCAUGAAGCCUUCCACCACACCCGAGCCCGUCGGCUACACCACCAUCCACCCCGGAUAUGGUAAACAGCCCGUUACUGUCACUUCUCAGCACCAGCCCUAUCCUACCUGCGUCUCUGCUGGCUACGGCGGCAAGGAGUGCGGUAAGUGGGAGGAUGACAUGUAUGUCAGCACCACCAUCAAGGACUACGACCAAAAGGUCAUCACGGUCACCGAGGUUACUCAGCCAGUGACUGUAUAUCACACCAAGUACACCAUCACCCACUCCGCCACUGGAAAGAUGGGUUACCCCACUGCUAGCGCGGGAUAUGCCCUUCCAUCGGGCAUUUCAAACAAAACAGUGUCUGCUGGCUGUUGGUAUGAGCUCUAUGAGAAGGUUGAGGAGGUUCCCUACAACAAGCUUGGUCGUCACGCCAUGGCCGGAUACCCCGGCUCUGGCCUGUAUCCCGAGGGUGACAAGAAACAGCCUGUCUAUGUCAAAGAGUACAAGGGCGGCAAGUGGUCCGAGUACGAGCACGUAUACUCCUAUGGUAUACCCAAGGAGGAGGUCACCACCUAUGGCAAGCCCGGUGUGUAUACCGUCCCGGCAAAGACCGUCAUUGUAGACUACCCGGUUGCCCACCCGGCGGAGGCGACAAAGACUGCCAAAGCUGGGGAGACCUGCACAUACGGCGUACAGUACAUUGAUGCCAAAAGGACUGGCUAUGUCACGGGCGCGUACGGUGCGUACGAGACCAAGGUUAUCGAUGGCGAGCCUGUGACCGAGACCGUGGUCAAAUAUACCACCGUAUACCUCACUUCCACUGGCAAGGUCAUGGUUGCUGAGCCUACCACCACUGUCUAUGACCACGACACCAUGGUUGCUUACCCCACUGCCGAUUCCUACGCUCCAGGUGUUUACAAGCACGAGGCUAAGACCAUCACUGUGACCAAGGGUGGCGAGGCAUAUACCUGCAGCUAUGAGCAAGCAAAGAAAUACUCUGCCACUCAGCACAACGACAAAUACCCGGCCUACCCGGCCGCAACCCCUGCCAAGAGUGACAAAGACGACCACAAGCCCAGUGCCAUUCCUAGCAAGCCCACUGCUGGUGACCAUUACCCCGUGUACCCCACGUACCCAGCCAAGAGCGACGCCUCAUACAAGCACGAAUACCCAGCUUCCUCCAUCCCUAUUGUCCACUCCAAGAGCCACGAAACCUCCCAUCCCCACCCAGCCCCAACUCCCGUCGACGGCGGCAAAUACCCGCACAGCGAGUACCCCGCCAAAUCAACUUCCUCAUCUUGCCCAUCCUCCACCCCAGUGAAGCCUUCUGUCUACACUCCUGUUCACGGACACCCUGAGCCUUCGCCAUCCGUCCCUGCUCACGGCGAUAAGUACCCGGCUCAUUCUGCUCCCGCUCCCGUUCCCGCAAAGUCUUCUGCUGCUUACCCCGUCUACCCUGCUGAGCCAUACCACGCUCAGCCGACGCCCGUCAAGCCCUCAGCCAUCUACCCUGCUGAGCCGUACCACGCUCAACCGACGCCAGUGAAGCCUUCCGCCAUGUAUCCCGCUGAGCCAUACAAGGCUGGACCCGGAUACAUCAGGCGCGGCAGCAUCUUGGAGCGCCGUGCUCGCGCUUUGUAG